AUGACGACUAGCGAUGAAAUGGGCAUGGGCGGCAACUUCUGCCACGACCACAUCCAGCAUCCGCUGAUGUGGUGCGACGAGAAGAAGCGUCUGGUGGAGCGCAAGAAUGCGGAGGAGAGUCUUCGCAUGUGGCGGCGCAGGAAGGCGGAGGAGUGUGCUCGCAAGGAGAAGGACAAGCAGGAGUACUACGACCUGUUCCACCAACAUUGUCCUUGGGGUCGACCUGGUGGUGGUGCACCCAACGUAGAAGUGCGCCGCAAGGACAUCACAGCCGUGGGCCUUCACUCCACGCCCACAGUGACCACUGCCCACCGAAUGAAUCUGCUGCAGCCGUGCCGCUACAACGACUUCUUCUCCAUGCAGAAGAAGUGCCACAACAAUCCGCUGGCCGCCUACCAUCACCACCACCACCACGCACCGCCCGCCCCACCGCCUGGUGGUCGACUGGGCCACGCCCACUCGGUGCAUCACCUGCAGGAAAGUGGUCCCAGGAGCAGCAUCGUAACGAUUUGCGAGCGGGAGAUUCCCCACAAGCCCGGAGCGGGAGUUGGUGUCAAUGUGGCCAAAAACGCCAACGGCCAUGUGGACAUAGAACUGCGAUACAAGCCCUCUCCUCCAUGCAAGGGCAAGCCGCUCCUGGAGAAGAUCGUGGUUAGCGAGAGUGAGCAGCGAUGUCCUUUGCAGGAAAAGCUGGCCACUCAGAAGAAGCGCCUGCAGGCCAAACUGGAAAAGCCGCCCUGCAAGGAGCCCUGGGGCAAGGCGGGUCCGGGCGGCAAGCCCUGGCGGAGUCCCAAGGAAGUGGGCAACACGUUCAUGAAGUCACUGGGCUGGACGAACAAGGAGAUGCUGAAGGAGCUGGACCAGGAUAACCCGGUGACUCCGGCGGAGAAGAACACAUUUCGCAAAUCGCGUCCGGGCAAGCCACCAAAACCGCAGCGCUGCUGUGAGAUGUGCACCUGCAACUGUCCCGCCAUGCAAAAGAGUCCGCACAAGCCGUCGCCCCUCGCACUGCCCAUUCCGCCGGGAAAGAAGUGUCCGGGUCCGCCAGUUCCGCCAGGUCCGCCGCCCGGAAAGAUGCUGCACCACUUGAAGCCGCAGGACUGCGGCGGCAAGCCCGUCAGGCUGUGCCCCCGCAUGGCCUCCAGAGCUCCCUGCCCCGGGAGCACCAGUACCGCCACACCGGAUGCCAGUACAGCGGGAGGAAACGGAGGAGCCUAUGCCGAGGGUGGCGGGGUGGAGCUGGUUCCCCUGCUGGCCAGAAGGCGUGGCAUGCACCGUCCCAUCAGCCUCUCCAGCACGGACGUGACCAAGAGGACGCCGUCGCACGAUAGGUACGCAUCCAAGCACAAGCAUCCACCAAAGAACUGUCAGCUGACCACCACCAAGAUCAAGUGCAUCAACAGCAUCAUCAAGAACAUCAGCCACAUGAAGCGGCUGCCCAAGAAUCUGAACUGCAAGCUGCAGUGUUGCAGUUGCGAUUGCCCCACGGCCUUGGCCACGGGCUGCUGCCUCAAGCGGCUGACCCUGCACAUUCGCCAGGCUUGAAAACCACGUU